UAAUUACAGAGUUAGCUAUUACAUAAAACUCAAACUCGUUAUGAUCCUCGUAUCUGAUCGCAAUAAACUCCGCUCUUAUCCAAAUUCCACAAUUCUGAAUUAGUGAGUUUAUAAACGGACACACCUCUUCAGACUUGGAUCGGAUCAACAACAACUAUGGCGGAUCUCUCUCUUCCUUCAGAUUCUCUCUUCCUCGGAUUCGACAGUUCUACCCAGUCGUUGAAAGCAACUGUGCUGGACUCAUCCCUCAACAUCGUAACGACCGAACUCGUUCACUUCGAUACCGAACUUCCCCAUUACAAAACCAAAGAUGGCGUUUACAGAGACCCCACCGUCAACGGCAGAAUCGUCUCCCCUACGCUCAUGUGGGUGGAGGCACUCGAUCUCAUCCUCCACAAGCUCUCCGCUGCCAAUUUCGAUUUCAAGAAAGUCAUCGCCGUUUCCGGGAGCGGCCAGCAGCACGGCAGCGUCUACUGGCGGAACGGCAGCUCCCAGAUUCUGAAGUCUCUGGAUCCCAACAGUUCCUUGAAGGACCAGCUCCAGAAGGCGUUCUCUUUCGAGGAGUCUCCGAUAUGGAUGGAUAGCAGCACGACGGUGCAGUGCAGAGAGAUCGAGAGUGCUGUGGGAGGGGGCAUGGUGCUGUCUGAGAUCACUGGCUCCCGUGCUUACGAGCGCUACACUGGCCCUCAGAUACGCAAGCUGUUCACCACUGAGGCUGAUUUGUAUGCGAGCACUGAGAGGAUUUCGCUUGUUAGCUCCUUCAUGGCGUCUUUGCUGAUUGGUGAUUAUGCUUCGAUUGAUGAGACUGAUGGCGCUGGGAUGAAUUUGAUGGAUAUUAAGAAACGUUGUUGGUCUAAGGAUGCGUUACAGGCUACAGCUACGGGUUUGGAGGAAAAGCUUGGGAAGUUAGCACCAGCUUAUGCUACUGCUGGUUCCAUUUCUCAGUACUUUGUUCACAGAUACGGUUUUGAAAAGAACUGUGUGGUUGUUCAGUGGUCAGGAGACAAUCCUAAUAGUUUGGCAGGUCUAACACUUAGUACUCCUGGAGAUCUAGCGAUAAGUCUUGGGACCAGUGACACGGUAUUUGGGAUUACCAAAGAACAUCAACCCAGUCUUGAGGGCCAUGUGUUUCCGAAUCCCGUUGAUCCGGAGAGUUACAUGGUAAUGUUGGUUUACAAAAAUGCUUCUCUCACCCGUGAAGAGAUUCGUGACCGUUGCGCUGAGGGAUCUUGGGAUGUUUUUAACAAGUAUUUGGAACAAACACAGCCACUAAAUGAGGGGAAACUGGGCUUUUACUACACUGAAAAUGAAAUCCUUCCCCCACUUCCCGUUGGCUCUCAUCGCUACAUUCUUGAUAACUUCUCUGGUGAGUCUCUUGAGGGUGUUAAGGAACGUGAGGUCAAAGACUUCGACCCUCCCUCAGAGGUUAGGGCAUUGAUUGAAGGUCAGUUUCUUUCAAAGCGAGCUCAUGCUGAGAGAUUUGGUAUGCCUUCCCCUCCCAUCCGAAUUAUAGCCACUGGUGGUGCUUCAGCUAACGAUAAUAUUCUCAGUCUCAUCUCUUCAAUCUUCGGAUGUGAUGUUUAUACUGUCCAAAGGCCUGAUUCAGCAUCACUUGGAGCUGCACUGAGAGCUGCUCAUGGCUGGCUCUGCAACAAAAAAGGAACCUUUGUGCCCAUCUCCUGUCUCUACGAGGGGAAAUUGGAGAAGACGUCUCUAAAUUGCAAACUCAAAGUUAAAGCAGGAGACGGUAAUGUGGCUUCCACCUACGGGUUGUUGAUGAAGAAGAGGAUGGAAAUAGAGAAGAACCUUGUGGAGAAGUUAGGACACUUCUGAAUAAAUAAAUAAAAACUCUUUUGAGUCUUUGAGUAGCUUUUUAUAGAGUUGACCUGUAACGAUAUUUAACAUUUUGCCGUAA